AAACCCUAAACUAAACUCCGCUUCAUUAUUUAAACUCCGCUUCCUUCCAACCCUAGCGUCCUCCAACAAUGGAUCACAGCCGCCGCCUCGCCGUGACCAGCCGCCGCCUCGCCGUGGCCACCCGCCGCCUUACCGUGACCAGCCGCCGCCUUGCCGAGGCCAGACACCGCAUGGCCCUGGCCCUUGCUGCCUUCGCAGCUUCCACCGCGCCAACUGACGACCCCGUCCCCGCCGCGGGCUACGCAGCCAAUGCAGCUGCAGCAGUGGCCUACGCAGUUGACGACCCUGACCCAGCUUCUGCCGUCGUCGACGGGGACGACCCUGCCGCCGCCGACUCCGUCAACAACGCCCCGCCGACCCCGCUGCGGCUGAUCCCGUCAACAACCUCCCCUGCCGAUACUGUCGCCGCUGAUCCAUUCAACAACCCCUCCCCCGCCGAUCUAUCAAUAGCCCCCGCCGCUGAUUCCGUCAACAACCCCCUCCCCCGCCGAAUUUUUUAGAUGUUGCCCUAUGCGAAAUUGCUUCUUGUUACAAUAACUAAUGGGGUUAUACAGGGUGAAAUGUGUAAGAGAAGUUGGUGUUCACUUUACCAUCGAUGGCAAGGGAUUCUUCUACAAUGUGCUGAUCAGUAAUGUUGCAGGUGCAGGUGGCAUUGUUGCUGUGAAGAUCAAGGGGUCGGCAACUGGAUGGCUUCAUAUGGGUCGAACUUGGGGCCAAAAUUGGCACAUUGGUGCUGACCUACAGGACCAAGCACUGUCAUUUGAGGUCUCUAGCAGUGAUGGUGUUACUCUCACGUAAGAAUUGGGCUUUUGGCAAGACUUUUGUGGGCAAGCAAUUCCCAUUCUGAAUAUAAAUAUCCAUUGUUUUCCUUCUUGUACUUGUAUUUUGUCUGUACAUAUUUGAGAACCAAGUUACCAAUGAAGAAAUCCAAUUUUCUUUUAGUACCUAUA